AUGAAUAAUAAUCCUACCACAUCGUCCUCAAUUGCACCAACUGCUCUUGAUCUACAAGCGCUUCUGGCGACUAUGCCUGAUUUCUCUCUGAUGAGCAGUAUGCAAAAUUUGAACAAGGAUAGCAGACCAAAUGCAGAGAAUCCCAUUCCCACAUCUCAGAGCUUGCUCUUCCCGCCGAUCCCCAACGAUCAGCUAGCCGCUCUCUCACUGGGUCUCUUCCCACUCUCAGGAUUCCCAAUGUUCCCACUACUGCCAAUGGGCCCUAUGGGCACCACCGCCCUUCCACCACAUUCCACAAUCGAAAGUCUUGGACUGAUGACUAACUUGCGCCAAAGUACCUCAGGGACAACGUUAACUCCACAAGCAGCGUUAGAUGUCCGUCCGAGAGCUUUCUCCAGUGCGGCUGCCCUUCAGCGUCCUAAGCAGACGAACUCACCCGAACGACGUCGCAAGCGAUCGCGAAAGACUCAAGAAGAAGAGAAUGAAGGUAGUGUGCUCCGAAUGCUUAUGGAUGAAGAAGAUGACACACCGAUCAAAAUCCGUCAGCAACCGACCAAGGAUUUGGACGAGAAACUGCGAAUGGACGCUGCAAAAGCUUCAGUGCUGAACGCAAGCUCGCCACCACCGGCCAAGCGGGCCUCACCGGAUCGUCUGGCCGAGUUGAUCGAAGAGCCGGACGAGCCGAGUAAGACGGUCCUGCGACGAAUCAUUCGUGACGAGGAUCUGCCCGAUUCGAUUGGGCCAGAUUCACCUUUCCGCCAUCAUCCCAAGUACCAGCGUAAACAACGCGGAUCGGAUGCUGAGAUGAUCGAGGGGAUGGAAGCGUUGACGGCAUUCUGUAUGGUGAACGGUUACGUGCCCGCUGAUUCGACGGACGACAACUCGUCCCCGUCGCCAAAAAACAACAACGAUAGCGGCUACACUUCGGCCGGAUCACCGAAGAGAUCGUUCUCUGAAAUGAUGGAUAUUGCCAUCUGCAGGGAGCUGGUCACUGCUGAAUAGAUCCCCCGGGGCGAGUUUUCGUGGUCCCUGACCUCCUUCCCCCGUGGCAGUUUUGCUUAGUAUCUAAGUGCUUGUGCAUCGAAUAGAGUUCCAUAGCUUCUGAUAGUUCCAGCAGCAGUGCGAGACCAGCCACCACUUCCCUCACUCCCCUCGAUCCGCUACUUUCUCGUCUCCAAGAGACUUGUUUUUUAUUCUUCUCAGUGUCUUUACAUGGUUGCGCUGAUUUCCUCCAUCUAUCCAUUUUUGAUCUAUAUUAUGUAUUUGUAAAAAUUCUCAUCAUAAUCUCUUCACCUUAACCCGUCAACAACCAAAAACUCUCCGGUUUUUUCCACAAAUCUGAAACAUUCCCAGAAACUGAACCCUUUUUCGGUAUCCCGCGCCAGAUAUCCCAUAAUCGUGUAUCGUAAUUAAUCGCUAGAAUUUUACACAUCUCACAUAAUUUUCCAAUCCAUAUAACCAAUUAUUUGAAUUUUUUUCUUGCAAACAAACCAACUCCGUGUCUGACGUGUGUGAGUCUCACAAAUAUUCAGGAAUUAUACAUACAUAUACAUUUAUAACGUAUUAUCGUUGUAAUUGUGUGUCACAUUUUAACGAUCAUUUUUCAUUUUCCUUCAUCAUCAUAUAAUUCCAUGGUUCUUUUCAUUUGUUGAGUAUUGUUGAUGCUUUAAAUUUUCUCGUUUUUCUGUCAGCUUCUAAAAGUAUUUUAUAAGUCUGGUGUUUUAAUUUUUCUUCUAUAUGUUCGCGAUGUAUCAAAUUUUCGUU